UUAUGACAAAAAUAAUACUCGUUCUUUUUGUAACAAUAUUCGCACGGGAGGAGGUGGUUCCCAUGUUAGCGGCUUUGAAAGUGGUCUUUUUGAAGUUUGUAAAGAAUUAGUCAUUAAGGAUAAUCCUAAUUUAGAAAUUGAGUUGAGUGAUGUUUUAGUGGGGUUAACUUCCCUGGUGGCAGUUCGUAUCAAGGAUCCGGAGUUUGCGGGACAAACCAAAGAUCGAUUGGCAAACCGGGAAGUCCGGGAAAAAACGAAAAAAGCCACUCAGGAGUUAGUAAGUGGAUUUUUUCAAGACAAUGCGGCCACUGCCAAACUCAUUAAGGAAAAAAUUAUCGAUAAUGCCAAACUUCGCCAACAUUUAAAGGAUGAGCAGGACAUUUUUCAAGGAGGAAAAAAAAACCUUGAUUUGCUAAAAGUAUUAUCCAGUUCCGAAGAGAAUGAAGAAAUAUUUUUUGUCGAAGGUAAAUCAGCGGGUGGCAGUGCUGAAGAAGGUCGGGACGUAAAAACUCAAACUGUUUUGGCUCUUCAAGGAAAACCUCCCAAUGCUUUAAAAUUAGUUCGGCGG